UCAUUUUUGCUCAUAUAGAAUGAUCCUUCGUUAUGAUUCACCCUCUCAGGGUCAGAUAAGGCUCAGUUGUUCGUUUGACUGGCAGUUGCAGGGACAGCCACUUUAGAGGUUUAAUUUCUCUGUCUCUUCUUGAUUAGUUUGGAUUUAAUUUAAUAUCAUAGACAAAUAUUUCUUCUCUGUACAGUUCCCUUUUGUUUUCCUCGCGCAUUCCAUUCAAUUCCUUAAACAACAAAGCAAUGGAGAAUAUGGAAGUACAUGGCCUCAGAGUCUUGAAAUUUUCUCCUUUUUCUGCUUUCUUGAUUUAGAUUUGGCGUUUCUCAUGAUCUAGGCGGUAAUCUGCUACUUGGGUUUCUGAUGUUUUGUUGUUCUAUUGGAUAUAAAAUUUCUGAUCAUCAGUAACUGGAGUAUAUUUCAGUGUAUAAGAGUGAGUCAGACCCAUAUCAGUUACUGUUCUGAGACCAAGAUGAUGCUUCGGUGAGUCCAAGACCUUGGAGUCCUGUAGUUGACUUCUUGUUCGUAUCUUCAAUUCUUCACAAUAUUCUUUCUUACCGGAUUUUUCAUUUUUGAACUUUUGAAUCUGCUGUUGUUCGUGUAAACAAUUAUACUGUCCUCAGUUACCUUCUUGUACAAGAUGUUUUUCUUGGAUUCUAUGCUUAAAUUCUAUUAAUUUAUUGGGUUCUUAGCCCUCGGUCAGUGCAGAUCUCUUUCCAGCACUCGGAUUUUCCCAUUCUUUGUACCUAAUAGACUAAUCAGAUUGCAUAAAAUAUAUCCUAGAACAAAGUUCCUCCCACCAAAAUUUGUGUAAAACAUUCACCCAUUUGAGUUCUUGCAUUAUAUCUUAGAUUGUUCCUUACAUUUCAGUUGAAGCAUCAGAUGAUGCUCAACUAAAAUCUAAGUAUUCAAUUGGAUUCUUCCAUCAUACAUCAAGUCCCAUUACGAUUUCAUCUUCAUUGUCAAAUUGAAUUUUGUCUGGUACUUGGCCAUUUUCUCGUUAAACCAAUCCCUUUAGAUCUAAGUUAGCAAUACCCAGAGUAUAAGUAUUGAUGUCGAUCCUAUGUGGCCUCCCUCUUCUUGAGUGUGUUUACUGUCUGGCAUGCACCCGCUGGGCAUGGAAGCGAUGUCUCCACACUGCAGGCCAUGAUAGUGAGACUUGGGGCUUGGCAACUGCUGAAGAAUUUGAGCCUAUUCCCCGCAUUUGCAGAUAUAUUUUAGCCGUCUAUGAAGAUGAUCUUCGGCAUCCUCUUUGGGAACCACCUGGAGGUUAUGGAAUUAACCCAGAUUGGUUAAUAUUAAAGAAGACUUAUGAAGAUACUCAAGGAAGGGCGCCUCCUUAUAUUCUGUAUCUUGAUCAUGAUCACACAGAUAUAGUUCUUGCAAUUAGGGGCCUUAACUUAGCAAAAGAGAGUGACUAUGCUGUGCUUUUGGAUAAUAAGCUUGGGAAAAGGAAAAUCGAUGGUGGAUAUGUCCACAAUGGGCUAUUGAAGGCAGCUGGGUGGGUUUUGGAUGCGGAGUGUGAGGUGCUAAAGGAAUUGCUGGAGAAGUAUCCAAAUUACACUCUCACUUUUGCAGGACACUCCCUUGGGUCGGGUGUCGCAGCAAUGUUGGCAUUGGUAGUGGUGUUGAAUCGCGAUAAGUUGGGACACAUUGAAAAGAGGAGAGUCAGAUGCUAUGCUAUAGCACCUGCAAGAUGUAUGUCACUAAAUCUGGCAGUCAGAUAUGCAAAUGUCAUCAAUUCUGUGGUGCUACAGGAUGACUUCUUGCCACGGACAGCUACACCCUUGGAAGACAUUUUCAAGUCACUAUUCUGUUUGCCAUGCUUACUAUGCCUAAGGUGCAUGAGAGAUACAUGUAUACCAGAGGAUCGGAUGCUUAAAGAUCCAAGGAGGCUGUAUGCUCCUGGCCGCCUCUAUCACAUUGUUGAGAGGAAGCCUUGCAGGCUAGGAAGGUUUCCCCCAGUUGUGAGGACGGCAGUCCCGGUAGAUGGAAGGUUUGAGCAUAUAGUUCUUUCUUGUAAUGCCACGUCUGAUCAUGCGAUCUUAUGGAUAGAGAGAGAAGCCCAAAGGGCUCUGGAUUUAAUGCUAGAGACGUAUAGGAUCAUGGAAAUACCAGCAAAGCAGAAAAUGGAGCGGCAAGAGACUAUGGCCAGAGAACACAGUCAGGAGUACAAGGCUGCGCUACAAAGGGCCGUCACGCUCUCUGUGCCUCAUGCUUAUUCAUCUUCUCAGUAUGGAACAUUUGAUGAGCCGGAUGAAGGGGACAACUCGGAGAGAUCCAGUGGGGAAUCUUCUUAUGGGUCUCAUAGGGAAGACAGACACAGGGUAAACUGGAACGAAUUGAUUGAACGCCUUUUUGACAAGGAUGAAUCAGGUCAUAUGAAACUCAAGAAAUCACAACUGGAAUGAUCGAGUCUUUGAGACUUAGUGUGACAUGAUAAAUGAAAAGAGAAGGAUUUGUUUGUGGUAAUUGACAUUCAUUGAUUCAUUUGCACUGUUUUCCAUCAAAUUGUGGUUGUGAUUUAUCUGGUUAUGAAGGUAAAUUACAGGGAGAACAUUGCAAAAUGAUCUGCUCAAGUUUACCAAGAUUGCGGCAGUAUAUCUGCUCUCUUUUUGCUGAUAGUAAAAA